AUGAUCCCCUACGCCAGCCUGCGCCUGAAGCUCCUGAUGAAGGUCCUGCUGGCCCUCUGCCUCCUCACCCUGCUGGGACUACUGUUUUCCCACAAGGACCAGAUCAUAGGUAACAUCUCGCCAAGGUGGACGGCGUAUUACAGGAGCCUCAGAAUUGACCUGAUGGAAGAUAAUAUCUGGUCCAGAGAAGACAAAGUGGAGAGAACUGCAGAACGUUCCGAACAACCAAAGACCACGACCAUCACAACGCCAUCACCAAAACCAAUAGAAAAGGAUGAACAGCUUCCUCACAAUGUGCCCAGGAAACCACUGAAAGAAUCGGGGGGACCUCCACAUGGGGCCACCCAAAGGCCCAACACCACCAGCAAACCCAAGAACGUAUCCAUGACAACCAAAACAAGUCAAGUGUUCACAACGUUCAACUACUUGGGGGACAAGUACGCGACUGAUGAGACGCACGUCAAGUCUAAAUGUCCAAACCGCACCAGAGACAAGCUCCGGGGGGAGGAAUUCAAGGAUAUGUAUCUGGAGAAGAUUCCAGUCCUGCAGUGGAAGAAACACGCCCAAGAGUUGGAGUACCAAAGGCUGAGGAAAUACAGCGGAGCCCAAGGCUGGAAGGAGGUGACCUGGGAGAUUAUCAAUCAGACUCUGAAUUUGCUGAACUCCACGGGGAAUGCCUUCAUGUUUGACACCUGGAGGGGGCAGGCGCCCUGUAUCCGCUGUGCUGUGGUGGGCAAUGGGGGCAUUCUGAACGGAUCCGGAAUGGGACCAGAGAUUGAUUCCCAUGACUACGUCUUCAGGGUGAACGGUGCCAUUACCAAGGGGUUUGAGAAGGACGUCGGCAACCGGACCUCAUUCUUCUCCUUUUCCACAAACACCUUGAUGAACUCCUUGUACGCCUACGGGAGGAAAGGGUUCAGUUCGGUUCCUCGUACUCCGGAAACGCGCUACAUUGUCUUACCAGAUCAUGACCGGGACUACUUAAUAGUGCGGGGGGCUCUCACCGAGACCAUCAUUGAUCAGGGCAGAGACAAGGGCAAGAACCCGGCUCGCUAUUUUGGGGCGAAUCUGACAACAGAACAUUUUAAGAUCCUGCACCCCGACUUUAUGCGAUACUUAAGGAACAGGUUCCUCCAUGAUCCCAUUUUAAGAUCAAAGAGUCGCGACAUUUACCGCCCGUCCACCGGAGCCUCCAUGCUGCUGGCCGCCAUACACACAUGUGACCAGGUUAGCGCCUACGGAUAUAUGACACCAAACUACGCAGAAUUCUCCGACCACUACUUCGACUCCAGUCACCACCGGGUCGUCUUCUACUCCAACCACAACUACCGCCGGGAGAUGAAGCUGUGGCAGGCGCUGCACAACGCCGGAGCGAUAAAGCUCUACAUGAGGGACUAAAGAUGGCGGCAUCGGAAUGGUUCAUGUGCCAAAGGGGUGGGGCCUGGGAAGGGGGUGGGACCUUCACCCAGGACCCUCCCAUUUGAUGGGGAAUAAUUUUAUACAGGGGCAGAAAACAAAGCAGAUGGACGCCAUUGGGAGAUCCGCUGAAGCUGCACCGUUCUCCUGCAGUGGCCACUAGUGGUGGAUUGUGGUAUUGCUUUGCAUUUUUAGUGAUAGAGAAGCUUAUGGGGAAGAAUUUGGGGAAUUUCAUUUACUCUUCUAUGACCGUCCGAUAUUCUGGAGUAUCUGAUAAUUCGGAAUCUAUCAGGCCCCAUGGAUGAGGAAUUGAAGGAAUUUUACUGCCAAUUUAGGAAGUCGUGGAGAAACUUUAAAAGGGUGGCAGCCAUCUUGGUUGUCACCCACCCUUUUGAAUGAUAUUGGUGUCAGUAGAUGUGACACAAGGUCUUAGAGCAGCGUUUACCAACCAGGGUGACUCCAGCUGUUGCAACUCCCAGUAUACCCAGACAGCCGAAAGCCUGUCUGCCUCCUCCAGAUGAUCUGCCCCUGAAAGGUAAAUCAAGGCUUCCCUCCCAUUUCAUCCCUUAGUGCAGUGAUCUUCACGCUUUGGCCCUCCAGCUGUUGCAAAACUAAAACUCCCAGUAUGCCCAGAUAGCCAGAGGCCUGUCUGCCCCCUCUAGAGGAUCCGCACUGUCCCUGAAAGGUAACUCAAGGUUUCCCUCUUAUCUCUAUCGCAAGUGCAGUUGUCUUCACAUUGCAGCCCUCCAGCUGUUGCAAAACUACAAAUCCCAGCAUGCCGGGAGUCUGUCUCCUCUAGAGGAUCCAUACUGUCCCUGAAAGGUAAAUCAAAGCUUCCCUCUCACCUCAUCCCUUAGUGCGGUGGUCUUCACACUUUGGACUUCCCAGCUGUUCUAAAACUACAUCUCCCAGCAUGCCUAGACAGACAACAGCCUGUCUUCCUCCUCCAGAGGAUCCAUUCUGUCCGUGAAAGGUAAAUCAAGGCUUCCCUCUCAUCUUAUCCCUUAGUGCAGUGGUCUUCACACUUCAGCCCUCCAGUUGUUGCAAAACUAUAACUCCCACCAUGCCCGGACAGCCUUUGGCUGUCCGGGCAUGCUGGGAGUUGUAGUUUUGCAACAGCUGGAGGCACCCUGGUUGGGAAACACUGUUCUAGAGGGAUUUUCUUUGAUCUUAGGCAGAAGUGUCUACGGAGAAAUGUUCUGUCUCAUUAAGCUGUAAUUUAAUAAUUUAUUUUUAUUUUUAUUUUCUUGAAGUAAUU